AUGUUUCUGGUUCUCUGCGUUACACAAGCAAUUGCUUCAGUGGUAAGCGUUUAUUCUAUGUUAUGAAACGGUCAAAACAGAACGACCAUUUUGGUUUAGUGCUUUCCAGUGAUUUUUCAAGUGUCAUUUCUCCUCGGAGAGAUUUAAAAAAAACUCUCCAUUCUUAGCUUAAGACUCGUUUAAAUGGCGAGCGACCGGGAACCAGAGUUUACCGUCGCUUUUGCCUUUACGAAACUACGUCGGGAAUUGGUCAGAGUACUAAUCGCUUUGGGAAACCACCAGUAAUUAUUUACAAUGUUUUACAGAUUCCAAAUGGGAAAACAAUGGAUGAGAGAAUUUUGGCAAAGGAGUACAAUCCUCACCCAAUGGAGAGUGAAACAAAAGAAUCAGAGACAGACGAGGGAAGAGAUCUAGAGUAUUUUCACGUGCCAGCUGAUAACCGAGAUAACCGAACUGCGGCCGCUGACUAUUUAGUGGAUUUCAAAACUGUAAGUUUUUUUCAGUCAUUUAGUUUCCAUUUAGUUUUACUCAGUCUUAAAAAAGCUAUAAUACGCUAUGUGUACUUUUUGUUCGUUUGACUGCUGGAUAAGCUUACCACAUGACUGGUAUUUUAUGAUGCGUUGUAGAACGAGUUCCUUCGGCGCGUUGACAGAGACGGUGUUUGCUAUCUUGGAACACUGCCGGACAAAUUACCUAAACGAAGUAACCUACAGACUGCGUUGAGAGAGGUAAGUGAAUUAGAACUAGGAAAUGUCAAUUUUGGAAGAGAAAGAUCAACGGUCACCUUGUAAUAACUGUGAGUUUCACUUCUACCAAGCAGUCAAUUUCGCUAGCGGCCGUGGUCACCGUCACUUAGAGAGGAACCACUUGAAAAAAAUUAAGGGUAAUCUUUCAAAUAGCAUUUAAUCCACGUAAGUAGUAUUUUUGAGAGACUUUGUGUCAAUCAUGGCAUGAACUGGCGUCUAUUAUAAUAACCCUAUUCUGUGGAACCUGUUUUUAGGGGUCAACCGGGGUGAACGCUUAAUACAGCUUCGACUGUAUUUGGGUUUUUUAACAUCUGAUGAUUGAAGCUGAAAGCUUUGUAAUAAUUAUGUGGUGAAUAUUCUCUUCUUUGACCUGUCGUAUCGAAACAUUCUUAGGUUUUUGAUACUCCUCCUUCUCCGCAAAAUCAUAACAUAGUGGGAGACUACUGGGUCGUGACAGAGAAAGUCGAUGAGCCUCUUAGAGAAGAAAUCCAAAAAUUCUGUGAUCCAGGUUUUCCAAUCUACCGUGUAAAAAAAGUUGAACUAGUUACUGCUGAUGAGGGCGAUGGCGACGACAGAGGCACUCGUAGAGGUAAAUGAAUUAUUUCAAAGGAUGUGUGUUUUGUUUAUCGCGAUUGUGAUCGUAAAAAUGAAGGAUCAAUCGUUUGUCUCACAACAUUCAGUGACUAUGAAUUGCAGAACGUAAACUUUUCCACUUCAUUGCUGAAGUGCUUCAGGUGAUAGCGGCAUUUGAAAGGAUAUCAUCGGAAUACAGUCGACUCCCGUUAUUGUGGACACCCUCGGGGAGAGGGGGGGGUGGGAGGGGGGGGUGGGAGGGGACUUAGUGUCCGUAAUAGUGAGAGUUCAUAAGGCAAGAGUCGACUGAAACCAGGAAAUUACCAUCGUUUAUGACGAGCGUCGUUGAAAAAUGAUCAAUUAUCUCUGAAAUUUAUGUUGUCAAGAAAGGUGAACUGCAAUUUCAGAAAAGAAAAAAAAACUCUCUAAACUUCUCUCGAUCGCUCUCAACGUGUAGCUUCCUAAGUCAUUUGGUGGUAACACCCAACUAGUGUUUGGAAAGCACGGAUUUAAAUCCCGUCGAAGCCUGUCUUUUUUAUUUUUUACUAUUAUAAUUUCAGGCUUCUUCUUUGCCAUUACUAAGAUUGCAUUUCACCUGUGGGGAUCAUUUUUUAACUUAAUUUUCAUCCACAGGUCAAAUUAGACAAAAGCUUUAACAUUCCCCCCUCCACACACCUCAGGCAACCAACGUACUGGGAGGUGGGGAAUUUGAACCCUGACUGGCUGGGGUGGGAAAUUUGAAACGGAUGUGUCAAUUUCCAGCGGAACACACAUGUUUUGUCUUUCUUUCGCGAGCGAAUGGCUUAGAAUAAAAGGUCAAAAAGGUCAAGUUUUUAAAGCUUGGUCAACGAGUAGAAAAUCACAGUCACAAAUCCAGCAUUUGGGUAGGGCAUUUGAACACAAUUUAGCCCCAAGGGACGGAAAUUUAAACAAACUAAUCUUAAAUGCCUGGGGUAGAGGGGAUGUUGAAGCUUCGAAUUGUUUGACGCAUAAAUGUGGCAUAAUCGGCAACACUCUCGUUUGUCUGCAUUUAUCAAAUACCAAAAUCAUGUAGAUAAUCUUCCCCUUUUUACAGUUUAUGAAGGCGAAGCUUUCCUCUCCUAUAGGUGUUGAAAAAACUAAGUGUAGCGCCUUAGAAAAACGAACACGAUGAUUAUUUAUUGCUAACAAUUUUUUUUCGUAAUUGCCUUUCUUCGUAGCUUUCGUUUUUGUUUAGCCUAAUUUUCUUGUCUUCGUGGUUUUUGUUACCUUCGUUAACUAUUCAUGUAUUGUGAGCAAGACUUUUUUCCCCGAUCCGAUGAAGUAUUGAUAGCAGAGUUUUAGAGUGCCUCCCGAAGAAUCUCGAUAUUAGUUUAUUUGUUGGUGUUUCGUCCGACCAAUCAGCUUUGUUAAGUUGGUGAAGGAAGAGCAGUAAAAAUAGGCAUACACCUUGACUAGAUACAAACCUGUCUAGGUGUGUUCUAUACAUUUCUUUUACUUUUACUUCAUUUCAACAGCCAGAGGUGCUCCUCCUUUAACAAUAUCGAAGUUUCCACCGUUUUGCUCCUUAUCUUUUCCCGCUGGUUGCAAUCCCGGUAAAUGGUUGUUUUACUACAAGAUCAGAGGUCGGCACUGUACAUGGUGGUUAAGAUGCAGCGUGAACUUCCAUAAGAAUUCUCUUGAUUGCGGUGACACCAAGUGGGAUCACCGGUAUGACUCCAUAAUCUGCUACGAGCUUCGCUGCCCAUAA